AUGCCCGUACCUACUAUCACUCAAAUCAUUCCUACAAUUGGCCCUACUGCUGGCGGGAAUACAGUGUCCAUCAGCGGUUCUGGUUUCAUGAAUAUCACGGCUGUGACUUUCGGCCCUACUGUCGCUACCUCAUUCACUGUGGUCUCCAGCACAGCAAUAAACGCUGUUGUCCCGCCCGGUCCUGCCGCUGGCGGUGCUGUCUCUGUCCUCGUCACCGGACUCGGCGGCACUAGUGCCGCAGGCACUACAUAUACCUACAUGGUCACUCCUAUCGUCAGCAAUGUGAGUCCAAGUAGUGGCCCUGCUGCUGGCGGGAAUACAGUGUCCAUCAGCGGUUCUGGUUUCAUGAAUAUCACGGCUGUGACUUUCGGCCCUACUGUCGCUACCUCAUUCACUGUGGUCUCCAGCACAGCAAUAAACGCUGUUGUCCCGCCCGGUCCUGCCGCUGGCGGCGCUGUCUCUGUCCUCGUCACCGGACUCGGCGGCACUAGUGCCGCAGGCACUACAUAUACCUACAUGGUCACUCCUAUCGUCAGCAAUGUGAGUCCAAGCAGUGGCCCUGCUGCUGGCGGGAAUACAGUGUCCAUCAGCGGUUCUGGUUUCACGAAUACCACGGCUGUGACUUUCGGCCCUACUGUCGCUACCUCAUUCACUGUGGUCUCCAGCACAACAAUAAACGCUGUUGUCCCGCCCGGUCCUGCCGCUGGCGGCGCUGUCUCUGUCCUCGUCACCGGAAGCGGCGGCACUAGUGCCGCGAGCACCACCUAUACCUAUACAGCCACUCAAAUUCCUACCAUCACGGGGCUUAUCCCCCCAUCUGGGCCAGUAUCGGGUGGGAAUACUGUUACAAUCAUGGGCUCGAACUUCAACACCCCUAGUGCAGUUACAUUUGCCGGACAUGCAGCCAGUUCGUUUACUGUCCUAUCACCUAGUGAAGUAAAAGCUGUUGCUCCACUAGGUACUUCUGGGAUAGCUCCUGUAGUUAUCACAGCGCCUGUUGGUGCUAGCGCUGGUUUUAAUUACACUUAUAUUGCCUUACCUGCACCGACUACAGUGUUUCCUACCGCGGGUGUUAUAGCUGGCGGGGAAUUGGUCACUAUCACCGGUACUGGUCUGACAGGUACUAUGAACGUGGCUUUUGGAACCGUUAUUGCAACAGGCUUUACGGUUGUUAAUGACAAGGAACUCGAUGUUAUGGCACCAAUGCACCUCGUUGGCACGGUGCCAGUUUAUAUUACCUCCCCAGGAGGUACAGACAGCUCGCUUAGUUUCAGCUUCCAGCCGUCUCCAGUUAUUACUUCCAUCACUCCAACUUCUGGCCCCACUGCCGGGGGCACUACGGUGACCAUAACUGGGGCAGGCUUGAUCAAUACCCUCGAUGUGUUCUUUGGGACAACUGUAGCAACAGCCUUUACUAUCAACUCUGACAACACUAUCACUGCAACCUCCCCCGCUACAGCAGCAGGAGCUACUGCUGUGACAGUCAAUACCGCUUCUGCCACUAGCAAUGGCGCGGUAUUCCAAUAUAUUGCCGCACCAACUCUCACUAGCUUGUCGCCUACUGGUGGAGCUAUUGCCGGGGGUAGGAAUGUGACGCUGACUGGAACGGGUUUCACAACUACUAUAUAUGUGGUAUUUGGAGCAAACCCAGCUGUUUUCAGUGUGCUCAGUGAUACCCUGAUUACUGCAAUUGUUCCCUCGGGGACUGGAGCGGUUUCUGUAACUGUUGUGAACCCUGGAGGAACUAGUGGUGCUCAAAUAUACACUUACUCUUAA